UGCCGUCGAGUUUUAACCUCUAAUUUUUGUUUACAUUGUGUUAACGUGAUUCAUUCAUCGCUUAAAAAAAAAACAUACAAUUUAAUAUAUUUUAAUCAAACAUUGCCAAACAUUCUCAUAACUGGAACUCCAGGAGUUGGUAAAAGUACUUUAGCUCGAAGAAUAUCCGAGAGAACUAGCCUGGUUUGGAGAGACGUCAGUAAGCUAGCUGAGGAGAAUAGAUGCUUGGAAGAAUAUGAUCCAACCUAUCAAUGUCCGAUUUUAAAUGAAGACCGGUUGCUGGACAGCAUGGAGAGCAUGAUGGGCAAGGGAGGCAACAUCGUUGACUACCACAGCGCAGAGCUGUUCCCAGAAAGGUGGUUCGAUAUCGUGUUCGUUGUAAGAACGAACAACACUAUCUUGUACGACCGAUUGACAGCCCGCGGGUACCAGGGAAAAAAAUUAGAAGAUAACAUUGAAUGUGAAAUAUUCCAAACAAUCCUUGACGAGGCCAAGUCCUCGUACAAAGAAGAAAUUGUCCAUGAGCUAGAAAGUAAUACGCAAGAGCAAAUAGAGGUCAAUGUAAAUAGAGUUUGUCUAUGGAUUGAGCAAUGGAAAGAAGAUAAUGCUGUG